AUGCCGCUACAAAACAGCGCGGGAAGAAAAGAGGCCUGUUUCUCAGCAAAUGGUAUCAACGGCACCAAAAGGUUUACCGAAAUCCCAUCUACUACGGCGAGCAAUGGUAGCCCAGCUGCAGUAAUUCAAAAAGUAGAAAUUGACCACGACCGGGUGCCUCACUCGAAUGGCGAGUUACGGAAGCCAGAUUCGGGAAGCGCCGCAGCCGCCGAACAUCUAGAGCAAAUCUGGGAAUGGAACGGCACGGCACCAGAGUCAGUGGAGCGAUGCGUCCAUGAUUUAAUCAUCGAGAGAGUCCGGGCCCAGCCUACUGCUCCUGCUGUUUGUGCCUGGGACGGAGAGCUUACAUACAGCGAGCUGGAUGACCUUGCUACCAAACUGGCGUCGCGACUUCGCCGCUUAGGAGUCGGACCGGAUAUCUUAGUACCGCUAUGUUUCGAAAAGUCCAUGUGGACUACAGUUGCAGUACUCGGGGUAAUCAAAGCUGGAGGUGCUUUUGUUCUGCUGGAUCCGUCGCUCCCGGAGCAGCGCCUGCAAGUCAUUGUUCAUCAACUCCAAGCAAACGUCAUCGUAUCUUCAAGUUCCAAGGGUGAAGUGAGCUCGCGGCUUGCAAAGAGUGCACUUGUCAUCAAUUGGGAAUUCUUCACUUCCACUGAAUCUGCCAACAUUGACGAUACUGUCUCGCAAGCCCACCCUGCCAAUCCGGCAUCUCUUCUCUAUGCGGUUUUCACAUCUGGAAGCACCGGCAUGCCAAAGGGGGUCUUGAUUACUAACAAAAAUGCUGCUUCAGCUCUAUACCAUCAAGCAGAAUUCAUGGGGAUGAACCAGAACGCAAGAAUAUUUGACUUUGCAUCGUACAGCUUCGAUGUUUCAGUCAGCAAUGUGCUCUCUGCCCUUGCGACUGGUGGCUGUCUAUGUGUUCCAAGUGAUCAAGAUCGGAAGGAUAACUUGGAGCGAAGCAUAGCGUCGUUAGAAGCCAAUAUACUUGAUAUUACGCCGUCCAUGGCUCAAGUGUUGUCGCCCGAUAGGAUACCUUCAGUCAACACUGUGAUUUUCGGAGGAGAGGCCUUACAUCCUGCGGACAUCAAGCGAUGGUGGGGGAAAGUCAACAUCAUUCACAUCUAUGGGCCAUGCGAAUGCACACCAACAAGUACGAUCAACCACAGCAUGGCUGGCCCGGGCGAGGCGGUACACAUGGGAAAGGGCGUGGGACUAGUGACCUGGAUCGUUGAUCCAGAAGACCACGAGACACUGCUUGCUCCAGGAUACACUGGUGAAUUAUUGCUAGAAGGUCCACUUGUUGGUCGAGGUUAUCUGAAUGACGACGCAAAAACUGCGGCUUUGUUUAUAAAGGACCCGGAGUGGCUACUUCGCGGAACCUCAACCAAGCCGGGGCGGCGCGGUAGGCUGUAUAAGACCGGCGACUUGGUACAAUACACGAGCAAUGGGUGCCUGAAAUUUGUCGGCCGGAAGCAAGCGGCUCAAGUUAAAAUCAGAGGCCAGCGGCUCGAGCUCGGGGAGAUCGAGCACACACUUCGCAAUCAUGCCAAUGUGGAUGAAGCGGUCGCCGCAUUACAACACGAAGAGGGCCAAGAGUCCCGGAUAGUCAGCUUCGUGACUGUGCGCGAUGUUGGUAGCAUCGACUCGCUGACUGACAACAUUGGAGAAGUGAAACGUAGAGAUGAAUGGAAGGCGCACUGCGACGGGGAAUAUGUCUCCGGGAUGGACCAUCGGGAUCUGACCGACCAGCCUCUCAACAAUGGCAAGUUGCAAAGGAGGAAUAGGCAGGAGAUUCAUGACGAGCUCUUUGGAAUGCUAAAGUCUCAGCUCCCACUAUACAUGGUACCGCAAGUGAUCGAGAUUCUGGAUAGAAUGCCUCUCAACCGGAACGGCAAAAUCGAUCGCCUAGCACUCGUCAAAGGCCUCGAAGGCCGGGCCUCUGCACGAGGCCCUAUUCGGCAGCCCGUGUCGGAAGCCCAGCGACUGAUGCUCCAGGUUUGGGCGCAAGUCUUGAAAAUUGAAGCUUCCACCAUCGGGACCGAUGCUAGUUUCUUCCAUCUUGGGGGCAGCUCGAUAUCGGCCAUGAAAGUGGUGGCUGAGGCUCGAGAGAUUGGCAUGAAUCUGAGUGUAGCCGAUAUAUUUCGCUAUCCGAUACUUCAUGAGCUGGUCGACCAGAGCCACCAUGAAUCCCCAGCUGAGAAACCAGACCAAGUAGUUGUGCCCUUUGCCCUCUUAUCCAACGAGACUUCUCUGAAUACUCUCCUUCAGGAGAUAUGUAUCCAAUACGACCUAGGCCAGAUUGGUGGGACAGCAGAAAAUACGUUUAUACAAGACGCUUAUCCAUGCACCCCACUGCAAGAAGGUCUGAUGUCCUUGACAUCAAUGAGUCCAGGGGCUUACAUCGGGCAGAAUGUGCUAGAAAUAUCCCCCGAUGCUUCAAUUGAGAAUCUAUGUGCGGCAUGGGAGCAAAUUGUGCGCCGUUUACCAAUUCUGCGCACUAGAUUGGUGCAUCACGACCGCGUUGGUCUUGUUCAGAUCGUGAUAAACGAACCUAUAAACUGGAUCGAAGCGAAUUCUUUGGAUGACUAUAUUAAAUCUGAUAUUCAGAGACCCAUGGACCUGGGCCAGCCACUCACUCGUUUUGCCCUGAUAAAAGACGCCACGGGUAGCCCAAGGUGGUUUGUCUUGACUAUACAUCACGCCCUCUAUGAUGGAUGGUCUAUGCCACUAAUUCUAGACGCUGUGAAGAAGGUAUACCGAGGCGGAGAAUUUCGAGAGGGUCCGCAAUUCCAAGCCUUCGUAAAGUACGUCAAGAGUCAGGACAGAAAGAUGAUGCGGGAUUACUGGCUUGAUGCUCUCGAGGACUGCCAAUGUGCGCCAUUCCCGGGUCUCCCACCACAUAUUGAGAAGCCAAUGACGAACAAAUCUGCUCAAUACUCAUUCCCAAAGCCUCAAAGCAACCGCUUGGGCAUUACUCCUCCGAUAAUGAUACGUGCAGCAUGGGCCCUGCUUGUUGGGAAGAUGACCAGUACAGAAGACGUCGUCUUUGGUGUUACGCUAUUCGGGAGGAAUGUACCGCUUCCGGGAAUCGAAAUGGUAGCCGGACCAACUUUUGCGACGGUUCCAGUGCGUAUAAAAUGGAACAGGAACGACACGGCAGUCGAGUACCUGAAGGCGGCACAGCAUCAGGCAACAGGAAUGAUUCCAUUUGAGCAAAUAGGUCUACAUAAACUGGCCGAGCUUAGUCCCGAGACACGGCAAGCAUGCCGAUUCCAAACGCUGGUCGUGAUACAACCGGAAGAGGCCAGUGAUGGCUCGGACGAGCUGGGCACGUGGAAGGGCGACUUUGGCCAAGGAGACAGAAUCGACUCAUAUGGCCUUGUGCUUAUUUUGCAACUCGGUGCAGACACGGUGAGAGUUUCAGCUUCCUUCGACUCCAGGAUGAUUGAACCAUGGAGGGUUGAUAAGCUAUUGAGCCGGUUAGGACAUGUGGUCUUCCAGCUAGACCAGGCCAGCCCUGAGCUUCUCCUCUCAGAUGUUGAAACCAUAACUCCACAGGAGCUUGAGCAAAUUUGGAAUUGGAACCAUGCAGUACCAAUAGCAGCAGAGCAAUGCGUUCAUAAAUUAUUCGAGCAGACAGCUCAAGCUCAACCUGAUGCAUCUGCCGUAUGUGCCUGGGAUGGAGAGUGGACAUACCGCGACCUAGACGAAGCUUCCUCACGGAUAGCCCAUUACUUAGUUAUUCUGGGUGUCGGUUUAGAGCAGAUUGUGCCUUUGUGCUUCGAAAAGUCUCGCUGGACACCAGUCGCGAUGCUGGCGGUCAUGAAAGCCGGAGGAGCAUCAGUGGCUUUGGACUCUACCCAACCAGAAGAGCGCCUUCGUACAAUCGUACAGCAAACCGAGCCCGCCUUGAUGCUAUCAUCUUCGGCGAGUCAAGAGCUGGCGAGUCGCCUAAGCCGCCAGCACGUUGUCGUGGUCGAUGACGGCCUGUUGGCAAGGUUGAAGCCGGUCUCUGGAACCUGUCAACUGCCGGUCGUGACACCAUCUAACAAGCUCUAUGUUGCCUUCACAUCGGGUAGUACUGGAGUUCCUAAAGGUGCUGUUAUUACUCAUCGAAAUUUCAGCUCCGCGAUCCAGCAUAUGCGCAAUUCAAGAUGCGCUAUUGUCGAUCCCACGGCGAGAGUAUACGACUUCGCUUCGUACGCUUUUGACAUCAGCUGGUUCAACAGCCUGCAGUCUCUGACUAACGGUGCAUGCCUGUGCAUCCCUUCCGAGGCGGAUCGAAGAAAUGAUCUUGCGGGAUCCAUUCACCGGUUACAAGCCACGUUUGCAAUAUUAACACCGUCAACCGCGAAUAUUCUCCCACUUGAGACCAUCUGCUCCCUCCGGACGCUAAUGCUAGCUGGCGAGGCUCUACCGUCCGAGUACGCAAAACGAUGGCUUGGGCUAACUCGGUUGACGAAUGGAUACGGUCCAUGCGAAUGCACUCCGAUCACCACCGUUGCGGCCAUCGAGGGGACAAAGGUAGUAGCAUCUAGCAUAGGUAGAGGUGUUGGCGUCAAUACUUGGGUAGUACAGGCCUCAGACCACAACAGAUUAGUCCCUAUCGGGGAUGUCGGAGAGUUGAUGCUGGAAGGGCCUCUCGUCGGCUGCGGCUAUAUUGGUGAUGCCGAACAGACAACAGCGGCCUUCAUCCAGGAUCCAACAUGGCUUCGUCAUGGCGCUUCUGGCUUUCCUGGUCGCCAAGGCCGCCUGUACAAGACAGGCGACUUAGUGCGGUAUAAUUCAGAUGGCAGCCUGGUCUUUGUCGGACGUAAGGACGCCAACCAAGUCAAGAUUCGCGGGCAAAGAGUCGAGUUAGGCGACGUCGAGCACCACGUUCAUGUUAGCAUCCCAGCUGCGAGACAGGUAGCAGCUGAAGUGAUACUACCUGCCGAUGCGAACGCUCAAGGGCGGCCAACACUGGCUGCAUUUCUUGUAGUUGAAGAUCAACCGGGUUUAUCGUCAGAGGUUCAAGUCAUGAGCGUAUCGGCUGAAGUUCAUCAUGAGCUUACAAAGCGUUUACCCGGCUACAUGGUUCCGAGUGUUUACUUUUCUCUGCACGAGCUCCCUACCAACAGCUCCGGCAAGAUAGAUCGGCGUCGUCUACGCGAACUCGGAGCCGGCUUCACUGUUCAGCAACUUGCCCAGCUACAAAGUGCGUCUGUCAGCAACAAACGUGCCCCUGCCAAUGAGAUGGAACGUACGCUUCAGAAAAUAUGGGCUCGUGUCCUGGGCGUCGAUGCAGAUAAAAUUGGUUCUGACGACAGUUUCUUCCGCCUUGGCGGCGACUCUAUUACCGCCAUGCAGGCAUCAGCGGCUUCCCGAGCGCUCGGUCUGAAUAUCUCUACAGCAGAUAUCAUGCGCAGCAAGACCAUCUCCUUAAUCGCGGCAGCUGCUUCUUCGUCAAAACAUCAUUUCCCAGAGGUGGGCAAAGCUGACCCCAAGAAGGAUGAUGGUCAGCCUUUCGCGCUGAGUCCGAUUCAGCGGCUUUAUGUGGCCAUGCAGUCGCAUCCAACUCAGUGUUUUGACUUAAAAUUUUUCCUCAAAAUGCGUCAGCCAAUCUCCUUUGCUUCUUUGUCAAAGGCCACUGAGAAGAUUGUCAUGAGGCAUCCCAUGCUCCGGGCCAGGUUCAUCCUGACCAGCAAAGGGGUUUGGAAGCAACGUAUAAUUGAUGAUGCGUCGCAUUCAUUUCACCUUUCUGAGGUAGUUGGUACAGAAUCGGUGAGCUCAUCAAAGGCUCACGAUAUUCGUCGAUGUCGGGAGAGGCUCAACAUUGAGACUGGCCCUAUUCUGGCAGCAGUUCUGUUUAGCGAUCAGGAGCGUCAAAGCCUGUUCAUCACAGUGCAUCACCUCGUUAUUGAUCUCGUUUCAUGGAGGAUUCUACUCGAGGAGCUCGAAGAUCUCCUCAGUGGACGCGAACUGUCCACAAGUCCGACGACAAGCUUCCAGAGGUGGUGCUCUCUUCAAGCACAAUAUGCCCUUCAAAACCUUCAACAAGAAACAAAGCCGGGAGUCAAGCCGCCUCUUUUAUCAUACUGGGGGUUGAAAAUUGACGACAAUGUACAAGGAGCGAUUGCAUUAAAGGAGUUCACGAUAGAUGAAGAAGCUAGCAGUGCGAUUUUAGGAGCCUGCAAUGAGGCGUUUGGCACACGUCCAGUCGAACUGAUGAUCGCGGCUCUUAUUUACUCAUUCUCAACUGUUUUCACUGAUCGAACCUUGCCCACGGUGUUUAGUGAAGGGCAUGGCCGCGAGCCCUGGGACGACCGCAUUGAUCUUUCUCGAGUUAUUGGCUGGUUCACGACGAUUUCUCCUGCGUUCGUUCCGAGUAGAGAGCUUCAGGACUUGGUGGAAACUAUACGCUUGACCAAGGAUUCUGUCAGAAGAUUGUCAAAGAAUGGCUGGUCUUACUUCACAUCUCAAUACGCCGAUGAACAUAAUGCCGCAACCAAUGCCACUGACUUCCCUGUCGAGGUAUUAUUCAAUUUCGCCGGCUCCUACCAGCAGCUAGAAAGAGACGACAGCUUUUUUGAAAGCACCUCGAUAUCAGAAGACUGUCACCCGGAAUCAUGGUUAAAGUUGCGCCGUUUUGCGCUGUUUGAAUUCAACGCCCAUGUGGACCAGGGCCGGCUGGCUGUGUCCCUCGAAUAUCCCAAGAGCACACAACAUGGCGAUUUAAUCGAACGUUGGGCAGUGAUCUAUGAAACUACAUUGAAAAAUUUGGGUGCGCUAUUGAACAACAGAUCACCAGAGUGGACUUUAUCCGACUUUCCCUUGGCGUUUACGUCUUACACCGACCUGGAGGAAUUCCGGUCUGUCACAUUGGGCCAACUUGGUCUCGAGAACGCACAGGAUAUUGAAGAUAUUUUCCCAUGUACUGGCUUGCAAGAAGGGCUUCUCUUUGCCCAGUUCAAAGCCCUAGACAACUAUCGAGUGGCCCUCAAUUUUGAAAUAACAGCUACUGAGACUCCUGGCGAUCACGUCGACCUACUCAGAAUUGAACGUGCUUGGCAGGCCGUGGUGCGGCGGCACACGCUGCUCCGUUGUAUCUUAGUUGACAUGGUUCCCGGAAGCAGCAGGACAAUGCACGUCGUCCUGAAAGACCCUAAGCCCAGCAUUUCAUUUGAUCGAUCUGCAUCCGAGGCUUCGGUAGAUCGUGGAUUCGUUGGCGGCCGAACUUGCGUCAAGUAUGACAAGUACGGUCUUCAGCACCACUUAUCAGUAUCUUGCAUUGACGAGAAGCAUGUCCGCAUUUGUUUCGAGUUGAAUCAUGUGAUUUUGGACGGACACUCGACCGGCGUGAUGCUUCAUGACUUCUGGCAAGCUUAUACUGGCACUCUCUCCCUGGAUGCACCCUCUUACGGCGACUUCAUCAGAUACGUUGAAAAACAACCCCGUGGUGCCGACCGUGAUUUUUGGGUCAAGUAUUUGGAAGGGGUGAAACCUUGUUUCUUCCCGCCCUCAAAGUCAGCAACAGGGGAGAUGAAGGACAUCACGGUCUCAGUGCCGGGCCUUGAGGCAUUCAAGGUGCAUGAUUUCUGUGCUAAAUGGGAAGUUGCAACAGCUUCUGUGAUUCAGACCGCAUGGGCUCUGGUGCUGUAUCACUUCACAGGCUGCACAAGCCCUUGCUUUGGCAACCUUGCCUCGUGUCGAGAUGUGCCUAUCGACAGACUCGGAGAAAUGUUCGGACCCGUCAUCGCCAUGAUCCCAUAUCGUGUACGAUUGGAUGGGAGUCAUUCGGUCGUAGAGACAUUGCGGGAAGCGCAGAAAGACUACGUCGAUAGUUUGCCCCAUCAGAUGUUUUCAUUAAUGGAAAUCCACGAGGCGCUUGACGUCGGCUCGUCUGGGUUGUUUAAUUCUAUUCUUAGUUUUCAACGAGUCGCUGAGCAACCAGAUGCAUCCGUGGACGGACAUAUCAUCCAAGAGAGAUCUGCUCAUGAUCCAGUAGAGUACCCCAUCUCCCUCAGUGUUGGCGACAGUGAUACAGAAUUGUCGAUUGAAAUGACUUUUAAAGCGGGUUUUAUUCCGAAUGCUGAAGCUGAUCGUGUAGCGAAGGCAAUGGGAGCCGCUGUGUCGUCGCUUAUAAGUGAACCCCACAAGAAAAUCAGCAACGACAGCCUCUUAACCCGAGAUGACUUGGAGCUUAUAUGGUCUUGGAACUCUGAGGUGCCAGCAGAGGACAUGCGUGCCCAUAAUGUAUUCGAAGAACAGUCCACGUUGCGAUCCGAAGCCGUAACAGUCUGUGCCGAGGAGGUCGUGACUAUCGUCAAAGGAGCCGGUCUAGUGACGUGGGUGGUUGACCCCAAAAACCAUGACUCCCUGCUGCCGCCCGGCUGCGUUGGAGAACUCCUUCUUGAAGGGCCACUUGCUGUUUACAGCGACCUCUGUGGCAAAGUGAAAAGUGACGCAGCCUUCAUCAAGGACCCAAAAUGGUUGCUCAUGGGUGUUCCAGGCAAACAGAAAGGACGACACGGCAGGCUCUACAAGACAGGCUACCUAGUCCGCUAUAAUGUGGAUGGCAGUCUGGUCUUCAUCGGUCGUAAAGAAGACACUCAAGCAAAGAUCAACGGGCAAACAAUUGAGCUGGAGGAGGUCGAAUACUGGGCCCAAAACCACAUGUCAGAUGCUAAGCAUGUUGUGGCCGAGGUUAUUAAACCUCAAGGGGCCGACCUGUCUUCAAACUCUCUGCUUGCCAUGUUUGUUCAGCUGAAGGAUGAGACAAUUGACGGCAAUGAACCAGACGCUCGUAUCAAGUUACUUCCCAUCCCCGCUGAUGUAGAAGGCAGAUUGGCCAAGCAUUUACCUGUUCACAUGAUGCCAUCUUUGUUGCUCUCCGUCUCGGAGCUACCGAAGACAAUGACGGGAAACAUUGAUAGGAAGCGAUUACGGGAGAUGGCGGCCCAAUUCAGCAUUGAGCAGUUAGAGACCGCACGAUCUUCCGGACGAAGUACAAGCCGACGACCAACCUCUGAGGCAGAACGGGUUAUGCAAAAAAUCUGGGCCAAGAUUCUUGAUGUUAGUAUCGAUGGGAUUGGCCCGGACGACAACUUCUUUCAUCUGGGUGGCGACUCAAUCUUGUCCAUGAGACUUGUAAGCGAGGCCCGAAAGGUUCAUAUGAACAUUACGGUAGCGGACGUUUUCCACCGCAAAACUUUGGCUGAGUUGGUCAACGGGCAGCAUGUAAAUGGAGUGGAAUCCGGUCCACAGCUCGGUGAGGUUGCGCUCGUUGAUUCUUCUACCAGGGAAGCCCUUUCCGAGGAGAUCGUCUCCAUUAGCUCAGACAUCUGCCACAAAGACAUUGCUGAUAUUCUACCCGUCACCAGCGUCCAAGAAAGGUGUUUUGUCGAGGGUAUAUACCCUGUCAUGUGCAUCAACCAAGACGACGCCGUUAGUGGCACUUCAUGUGGACGCUUUGCAAACUACGUCUAUAUAGAUCUGCCCGAGAACACUGAUGUCCCUCUUCUGGAGGAAGCCUGUAAGCGAACCCUUAGCCAGUUUCCUAUUCUGCGAGCAUGUUUUUUGCAGCUGCAGGGGAAAUUCUGGCAGGUCGUGCUGCAUCAAAUCCGGCAUCCUUUCCGCGUGCAGGAUGUCAGCGAGAAUCUUGAUGUAGCCCUCCACAACUUUUGUCUCAGUGAUGCUCACAGCGUCUCCGCGACUCUGCCUCCUGUUUCUCUCGUACUCCUCAGGCACAAGACGCAAGGUGGCCGGCUGAUAAUUCGAAUUUCUCAUGCCCAGUACGACGGUGUUUGCCUACCCACGAUUAUUGCGUCGUUCAUAAAUGGGCAUGUACCAACUCCUCUUCCCCCAAGCUUCUCUUCGUUCCUGUCGCAUGCCUCUCUCAGACGGCCCAAGUCUAUCGAAUACUGGAAAAAGCUUCUGCAGGGGUCACAGCAGCCCGGUCACCUGCGCGAACAUCUCCUCGCGCAGACAGAUAUCCAUACGCCGCAGCCAGAGGCAAUUUAUAUUCGCGCAGAGACAAGUCUUCCUCGCCUUCCGGGCAACAUCACUCCGGCGACUCUAGCUAGCGCCGCCUGGGCACUGCUUCUGUCACGCCUGACUGGGCGCGGCGAUGUUGUCUACGGACAUUUGGUAGCAGGACGAAACUCGGAAAUUGGAGGCAUCGAUAAGACCGUAGGAUGCUGCCUCAACUUUAUACCCGUACGAGUUACGUUCCCGUCGACUCAGACCCCGACUGAACUACUGUUGGCCGUCCAAGAACAGUUUCUUGCUGUUGGGGAAGCCGAUUCUCUUGGCUACAGGGAGAUUAUCGAGAACUGCACAGACUGGCCGCCGGGCUCAACGUUUGAGUCAACCAUCCAACACCAGAAUAUUGAUGAGAAUCCGCAGAUUCAAUCUGCCGCCGGCAUAUCGCGAGUGCAAUUCUUUCAAAACCCCCAUCUUGUGCCGAUGUCAAUACACAUGGUCUCGGAAACUCGAGGCAAUGAGCUAUGCUUUGAGCUCAACAGCAAUACACACAUAAUGAGGCUAGAUGCGGCUAAGGCCAUGAUUGAUGGGCUUAUCUCAAUUAUUGACGAGUUCAAAAGUGCUAUAUGA